UUCAAAUCAACGAGAACAUCAACUACACACAUUCUUUCACACAACAAACCGUGACAAUGGGACAGCAAGCUUCAGUACCAACAAAAAUGCCUGCAACCACCGCGCCGGCGCAAACCGCCAAUGCAGCCGACGCCAACAAGCCCAAGCCCUGCUGUGUUUGCAAAGAUGAAAAGGCAGCUCGCGACGAGUGCAUGCUUUUCUCCAACGCCAAGGACCCAGCCGAGGAUUGCAAGACAAAGAUAGAACAGUACAAGAGCUGCAUGGCGGGCUUUGGAUUCAAGGUCUGAAAUGGGCCCUUUGCGCACCUAGAAAUCGGUCGGGCGAUCGAGGGGCAUAGACUGUACUAUACGAACGAGGGGCCACUAGAGCCGACCCAGUGUACCAACAAACUACCUGUAUCGAACGAACGGCUAAGACAUGAUAGACACGGCGUUUUUGUUUAGAAACUUUUGAACUCUAGAGGAGAGGCUAGCACUGCCUCCAUGCACUUUCACAGUCCUCCAAAUGCUUAGACGG